UCUAAGCGCCGCCGAUUUCGAACUUGAGGGAAAAUGGCGGGGAACGCGGAGUGCCCGCCGGAGCAGGAGGAGGGAGGAGAAGAGGAAAAGGCAAAGGAGAAGAAAAUUGUGGCGACAGGGACAGAAUCAGAGCCGACCUCGUCCACCGGCCCCGUAGAGGACUUCCGGGUGCGCUGCGCCUCUCAGAAGGCUGUGGCCGAGGUGCUGAAAAUGUGCGGCCGCUUCAUCCGGGAGCUGGGGGACGUUCUGCCGGAGGAGAACCGGGAGCUGGUGCUGAAAGAGGCGCAGUGGAAUUUUGUAACCGCUGUGCAAGAGAAUGUUAGUUUCAAUGGGGAGGCUUGGCAGGAAACUUCAGAUAAAGAACUUCCUGUAGAUCCCAAGAUCAGAAUUCUUGAAGAUCAGUUUGAUGAAGUCAUAGUAGAUACAGCUACAAAACGUAAGCAGUAUCCCAGAAAGAUUGCUGAAUGUGUCAUCAAAACUAUGAAAGCCCAACAUGAAAUUUUGAAGCACUAUCGACCUGUUGUACAUCCAGAAGAGAUAAAAUCUGAUGCCAAACAAGAUUCUCGCAUGGAAAUUUUGAAAUGUAGAGGAGAAACAGCUUCCAAGCAGAUCACUGAAGUAAUGAAGUCCUUGCCAGUGUUGAUUGAGCAAGCAGAUGGGUUCUCCAAAGUUCUAACGAUGCAGCCCACUCUACAACUUCAGAGGCUCCACCAAGAAGUUUUCUCUGGCAGUCACACGAAAGAAGCUAUAAAGCCUGAGAAUUUUAUAACACAAAUAGAAACUACCCCGACAGAGACUAAUGCCAAGAAAACCACAAAGAUAGUAAUGAAGAGAAAGAAACCUCACAACUCUCCACAGAGAAAACAGUAUCCAUUGCGGCGGAUGAGAAUGAUCUUAAUUCAUGAGAUGCUCCUGUUUGUCCUAGAAGUGGUGAAAGGGCUUUAUCAGUAGCAUUAAGCUGACCUGGAAUUUUAGAUAGAAUAGGAAAUAAUUUAUAUUUCUUUGACUAGUCAUUCAUUAAACAAGAUCCCAGCUGUAUAAUUAAUCAAUAAAUGUGAUUAAUGUAUAGAUUAUCUUAAGUCACCAUUUCAUCUGCAAUAAGAUGAAAAAACUUGCUUUGUUUGAGUUAAGGUGUGAUGGCCCAUCAGUAGGCAGUGAUGGGGUCCCUCAGGUGCCAUCAUGUUUUGUUUUCAUGGACACUUUUCCAUGGAAUUUCAUGGUUGAGGUAAAUGUAUAAGCUUCCAUGAAUUAAAUCUUUGUUCAGAUGGGAAAAUAGGUAUAUAAUAGCGCUAUUCCUAUUCCACUUAAUUAGAAUUUUUUUGACUUAAUGGAUCCAUAUUUUUUGUGUAAGUCUUUCAAAGGUUUACUUAUUGUUUAUUUCAGACAGUAUUCUUGUAAAUAAAAGAAGACUCCAGUGUUUUCCCAUGCUAUGUGUAUAUUUUAUUUUCAUAAAGCUUUUAGUCAAACAACAUUUUACUGUGGACUAGUAUCAUCAGAUUUUAUAUCAUGUUUAGUUCUAGUUUCAGGUGUUUUGUCAGAUUAAUACUUUGAAAAACAAUUUUGAAAUAUUGUAGGGAAAAAUAUAUGUAAUUCAUGUUGAACUAUUGUAUAUUUUAAAGAUCUUGAUAUAAUAAAUAUAUAAUCACUGUUAGAUUGUCUGCCAAGAGAAUGAAUAAACCCUUUACCUUCACAGUUUUCUCAAGUCAGUGCCUUUAACAUUUCCUUAUUGUAGCUUUUAGUCACAGUAUGAGAAUCAUACAAUAUACCAUAUGUUUUUCUCUUUUGAUGACUGACAAUAUUUUCCAUUUUCAAAGGAUUUUGUUAAUCAUGGAACUUGAAAAAUCUAUAUUUAUUGAUAAUCAUACAGUGUCAGGCAUAAAAACUGAUUUUUAUAGAAUCAAAUUUCCCUAGUGAAGAAAAUUAUAGUGAUAUUUUAGUUUUUUGUAUAUAUUUGUAC